CCUGCUGCUUUCGUGUUUACGGCAGACGGCUGUUAAUUAAUACAACGACGAAUUGUAUAAGUCACACACCGUCUGUUUCAUGAGAUAUUUCCUAGCAGAAAAGUCAUCAUUUGAUAAGCAACUGAAUAAUCGCAUUCACUUGAAUUUCACUUCUCCAACUCGGUGCUCAUGGUCCUUAAGUUUUUUAACGGUUCUUUAGUUCGAAAUCGAUAAGGCGUUCGUUGCAAACAGCUGCAUAAAUGUAGCGUCAUAAAUCUUCGGAUUAGCCUUCCUGUAUAUUAUGUACAGUUUUACCGAUUCCUGCAAUCGUACACAGAAUGUUACAGUCAGAAAAACCGAUGACAUUUUCUGGCUGGAAAUUGUCGGAUUGCCGGUCCUGGUGGUUGUGUGCACUAUUGGAAAUUUGUUGAACAUUAUUGUAAUGACCUGCGAGCGGCCAUCCCCUCGAACGGGAAAUGCCCACAUGGUUUCCAAAGCCACAAAAGUUUUUCUUCUGGCGAUGGCGAUAUCCGAUCUAAUACUGAUGUGGUUGCAAGUCCCCAGGUAUCUAGCGGAAUACGUCCAAAACAUACAAUGGGGAGAAAACAGUGACCUUGCAUUAGGAUUCAAGAAUUUCUAUGGAGCACAACAGUGGUGGUCGGAUGCGUCCAUAACCUUUUCGGACUGGGUACUGAUCGCCUUUUCCAUUGAACGGCUGAGAUCAUUCCGACACUUGGCCUACUCCUUCAGAACUGCCAAAGAGUCAGUCGCCAAAGAGUCAGUCGGUCAAAGCCAUGAACCGGUAUCAGCCACCUCAUCCACAUCGUCCGAUGACCAGCCAUGGAACAUAUCCGGCACUUCGAGGGUACUGGACAUGAAAACCAUUUCCGGUGCAGCGCUUCGCACAAAGUCCUCCAAAGACCGAGAGAAUGGCGGGCGCGCUAUUCGCCGGCGGACAGCGGUCAUCAUUGUCAUCUGCUUACUGAUCGCGGCUCUCACCUUUACGGUAGAGAAUGCGGUGUAUUUUUUCUACUGGCGUGUUCAAGAUCCCAACGACGGCCAACCGUACCACAAAUUUCGCCCUGAAUGGAUUACGUUGUGGCAUUUCUAUCACAAUAUCCUCGAUGUAGCCAUGACCGUGGCAAAAUUUGCGGCACUUCUUCUGAUCAACGCACAUCUGAUUUUAAUAUUGUUUCAACAACAAGCAACAGGCUAUUUUUCCAACGGAAAAGAUUCGCAGCUUCGUACGCACCGGAAGCGGCAUUCCAGUUGUGUACCAGUGCAUCCGAUUAGCUGCGUCCUCACCAUACUGCACAUUUUUUCUCACAGUAGAUGCGGCGCUUAUUGCUCGGCCCAUCAUACGAAUAAUUCUAUUCUCCAACUAUUCGAUUAA